AGUGUUGGUGGGGGUUCUACAACCUUCAAUUCGGCUACAGUUGCUGUGGUUGGAGAUGGGUUCAUUGCCCAGGACAUUACAUUCCAAAACACUGCCGGUCCAACAAGCGGCCAAGCCGUGGCACUCCGGUCCGGUUCAGAUCUCUCUGUUUUUUACAAAUGUGGCUUUGAGGGGAACCAAGACACCCUCUAUGUGUACUCUGACAGACAAUUCUAUAGGGAAUGUGACAUCUAUGGAACUGUUGACUUUAUUUUCGGCAAUGCUGCUGUGGUUUUCCAAAACUGUAACAUUUAUGUUCACAACCACAAAACCAACACCGUCACUGCACAGGGCCGGUCCGAUCCAAACCAAAAUACAGGAAUUUCUAUUCACAAUUGUAGAGUUACAGCUGCUUCGGAUUUAAAAUCGGUUCAAAGUUCGGUUAAAACAUACCUAGGGAGGCCAUGGAGAGAGUAUUCUCGAACCGUGUUCAUGAAGACAUACCUUGAUAGCUUAAUUGACCCAGCUGGUUGGAUGGAAUGGAGUGGUAACUUUGCCUUGAAGACUUUGUAUUAUGGUGAGUACAUGAACACAGGCCCUGGUUCAUCCACUUCAAAUAGGGUGAAAUGGGCAGGUUACCAUGUCAUUACAAGUGCCUCGGAGGCUUCCAAAUUUACUGUUGGGAACUUCAUUGCGGGUAAUUCUUGGUUGCCAGCCACCAAUGUGCCUUUCACCUCUGGUCUGUGAUUAUACUGUUAUUUUUUGGAACAUAAAUAAAUUGAUUGUUGGCCCCCAAAAAAUGAGGAAUUAAUUUAGGGCAUUCAAUGGUUAGGUUACGAUUGUGCUUUCUUAUUUAAUUAUUAAUAUGGAAUUGUAUCAAUGACUCAAUUGUCAUUCUUUGUGAAUUUGUUUUAUAAGAAUUUAUAAUUGUUAAGGUUCUUCUCA